UGAACACUUACUGCAAACAGGCGUACGCUGGACUCUUGGAGGUUAGUUUUUGAUAGGUUUUGUACUUUUGCGAUUCAACAUAGAAUUAGUAUUAGAACCCCUCCUAUUCUUUGUGAUAGUAAGCAGAGAGAGCAUGAGCACUCAAUCUUGUUCAAGUUAGUAGUGAAUCAAAAAGCCGAUCAUUCUAGACGUGAGUGGAUCCCCGUACACGUACAGCGUACAGCACAUACUUAGACUUACAUACAGCAAACACGAAAAUGUCAUCUUCGCCGUCAGGCGGGCCAUCUGCGGCCCCUGGCAAAGGGGUCAUGCAGAAGUGGCAGAGUUACCUUCACCGUGCAGCGGAACUCGACGGUCCGGUGCCCGUAGUUGCUUUCUAUUCGCGCUACUACGUGGUCGAGAACUUGAUGAGGUUGCGGAAACAAGGUGUGAAAGACGCGGAGAGCGAGAAGACCUUGAUUUCUCUACUCGGCAAGCUCGAAGAAAUGAAGAAGCAGAACGAAGCUGACAAACUAGGCCACGACAGGAAAGCGGACUGCAGGCAAGUCGAAGAGUUCUGUCUUGCAGUCUUCAAAAGGGCAGAUGACCUAGACAGAAGUGGAGAAUGCACCAAUGAAACGGCCAUGAAAUUCUUUGUGGCGAGCAAAUUUUUCGACGUCCUAGAACAAUUCGAUACACUGGACUUCUCAGCGACGAAAGGAGAGGCAACAAGCAGUGGAAGUGGUAUUCAGAUGAUAAAAGUGGACAAGACAUCUAUGGCCACUACUUGGAUCGCUAAAAAUCAUACUAGGAAGGAAGGUAGGUUCAGAUUUAAGUUGAUAGGCACUCUCCCACUGUGAGUCUGACUCCCGGCUGUCGUUGUAGGCGUCUUCAUCAUCUUCAGAGUCAAUCCUACUAGCAAACCUUCAUCAGGUUCCGCAGCGUUGCCUCGCACCGGUUCUCAGGGACAGCUAAUAUUACCAGAUUUUCUGGAAGAGAAAAGGAAGUAUGCGAAAUUCAAAGCGUCCUAUAUCCGAGAUUGUCUGAAGCGAGGCGAGACUCCCAUACCAGGACCGCCGGGAGGUCAACAGGCGGCAGAAGAUGAGGUAGAAGCACUCUUCAAACAGGAGGAAGAAAUGUACGCACAAAAGGAAGCGCAACAUCCGAAUCCUGUUGACGCAUCAAUAAUGCCAGGAGGUAUAAUUGCAGGAACACCAACAGCGGCUUCAUCUUCCUCUGCUCCAGGUCCGUUCACCUCCCCAGACGCGCCGACACAAAUAAGUCCACAAAUGGUUGGAGUUCCUGGGACCAACGUCGUAGGAAGUAGCGCGUUUCCGCCACAACAUCAAGUCGUCCAAGGUGUAGUUAUGGGAGGAGGUUUUCCCCCUCAACGUCAAGGUUCACCACCGUUGCAUUUUGGAGCUCCCGGUAAUGGAGUAGUGCCUCAGCCGCUACAUCAACAAUCCCCACAACAACAACAACAACAACAGCAACAACCCGCACAAUUCGUCCCCCCGGCGCCAGCGGUGUCCAUGUCGACAAUUGUGCAAGGUACUACAGCCACUAGUUCUGGAGGCGGUCAGAACAGUUCACUGAGCAGAGGAGUAGCCAUGUUUGAUCGGAAAAAGAAGUGUCAGGAACGGGUCAAAGUAGCCCUGAGCUGUCUCGACUUCGACGACAUUGAGAACGCCAAAAAGUGCCUCCAUGAAGCCAUUGCUGCAUUGGGAUAGGUCUCGAUGAAGCCAUUGUUGCGUUGGGGUAAAUUCCAAGAUUCUACCUCCAGGCUGAAUUUCACCUAUGUAUACCUCCAAGUUUUUGCACCUACACCCAUGCUGACAUACUUACUUGUUUGCUUAUAAAUAAGGAUAAUCACUGACUCAGACACUGUACACUACGGCUCCUACGCACCAUUUUUUUGUGCUGUCUCUAGGCACAAACACCAAGACUCGCCCUGUCUGGGGGCUCUCGUGGGUUCCUUUAGUUCUCGUGGCACCCGACUCGCCAUAGAACGCUACUCUGCCUCUUUUAAGUCUCACCGACCACCUGGACUUUGAGGGAUGGAUUUUCCCAAGGAACACUUGGGCCACGUAGAAGAAAGUAAUUCGCUAUCUUCACUCGUUGAUUUUCAUCCGAAAGGAGAACAAUUGAUGCUCUUGC